AUGUUCGAAAAUCGGUGGGACAAGCUUCGCCAAUACCAAUUGAUCAACGCAACUGAGAGAAAUCUUACAGAAGCAGACAUUGCGGACUACCAGAACCUGCUGUGCCCACCGGGAUACACCGGAAAUCUGUGCGCAAGCUGCGAGCAAGGCUUCGGCGCUCAGGGCGACUAUGAAUGCGCGCUGUGCCCAGAGGCGCAUCUGAACCACUUUUACUACAUGAUGCAGUGCCUAAUAACAGUCGUGAUGGUGUCCCUCACAGUCCGCACACAGCUGAAGGGAAUCGAUGAAAUUCCUGAAGACAAACAAAUCGAUGAAGAGACCGCCCUGCGCCUGGAAAUGACGUCGUCAACUGGCACCAAAAAGCGCUUCACACGCGGCACACACUCCACGGUCAUAAAAAUCUUGGUGUCCUACUUGCAGGUACGGCGAAUUUCUGAUCGAAAUCUCUAA